AGAGCAUCCAAACAGAGCGAUUGAAGUUGUAAUGGAGUCGCUGGAUUAACAGCCAAAGAGAGCAGCCAGGGAGAGAGGGAGUGAGAGAGCGAGAGCGAGAGCGUGGAAGAGAGAGGGAUUGACAGCAUAGGGCUUGGCUUAGACUACAAAACGGGCAAGAUUAUAUGAAAACACAGCCAGCACACACUCUGGCAGCCGGGACCUCCGUCGCGACGGCAGCACUCAAAAAACAGGGUGUAGCCCAGUGCGCAGGCGCUGCGCAGCAUCUGCGCGAUGCUGGCGACAAAGCGACAAAGCAGCACGAGAAUGGAUGCUGGCGCCGCAGUCGCAGCGACCGCUUGGCUGAGAGGGCCAAGGCAGGCUACAAAAACAAAACGCACGUCAGUACGAAUUCUGUGAAUAUCUAUGCAGGACAGCACGGAGCGAACGGCGUGCAAAAGCUGAGCCACAAUCGGCUCAUGGACAACAUCAGCUGCAUGGGUGCAGCUCAGAGCUAGGCACACGAGCUCUGUUCCAGCUCAGCUGCUCUGCCGCGCAACUGCUGUCGCUGCCGCUGCCUAGGCUGGCGUCGCAGUCGGAGCGAGUGCGCCUCAUCUGCGUCGGCGCUGGCGCUGCGCAGCUGUGCGUCGAGUGUAGAGUUAUUGCAUUGGCAGUUUUAGCUCAACGCAGGUACUAAAAGCCGAGGCGAAUAGGAGAAAAACUCGACACGGAGGCUGCUCUCUGAACUAC